GUAAACAAGAAGGGCGCUCUUAGCUUAGUAUUUCAGUUGUAAUUAAGCAACAGUGGCUGCAGUUUAGCGUUUGAGACAGUUUGUCAACGAGUGACUACUCUCUGCUGCUGAAGAAAUAUUCGGAGUUGUCUUUAGUUUAUUAAAUAGUACCAAAUGUCCUUGGAUUCCCACGGAAUAAAGCGAGAUCGAUGUACAUACUUUGUACUGGCGUUACAAGUUUUGAAUCAAAUGAAUUCCAUCAGUUCAAAGCGGAAAGAAAAGCUGCCGCACUUCCACUGUCGGAACGUAACAGUGUAACACCUGUAGUGGAAGUAAACAGCAGAAGCGCUUGUAGCUUAACUGCAUGCACGCAAACGUGAAGCCGUUACUGGGGUCGUAGUGCAGAACAUUAUUCCAGUUAUAUUUAAGAAACAAUGUCUGCAGUUCAGUUUUUGAGACAGUUUGUCAACAAGCGACUAACUGCUGCUGCUGAAGAAAUAUUCGGAGUUUUUGAAAAAACUAUCGUCGAGUACGAAGAAGAGAUCGAUCGUCAGCGCAGACUGCUGGAUGUCGUUUGGAAACCUGAAAUCAAGUUACACAGGAUAGAGCUCCCACAGCAACAUGUCUGUAAGGAGGAGGAGGUUCUCACUGACCAGCAGCAGCUCUGUAUUCAGGAGAGGAACUCCAGUGUGGACCAAGAGAAGCCAGAGCCUCCAAAGAUUAAAGAGGAGGAACAGGAGGAACUCUGCACCAGUGAGGAGGGAGAGCAGCUUGUACUGAAGCAGGAGACGGAUGCCUUUGUGUUGACUCCUACUCAUGGUGAAAGUGAAGACCAGACUCUGAACUUAAGUAUCAGUGUGGUGGAGGAACAGCCUCUAAACAACAUUUCACUUAAAAGCUCUAUGAUACCGAAACAUAACCGUGAUCCCUGUCUGCUCCCUCACAACUCUCAUGAAGCUGAGAGCCAAAAUCAGAGUGGAGGCAAGCAUGGAGACUCAGGAUCAACUAGAAAUGCAGAGCCAGGACCAAAGAAGAGACAUCACAAAAGCAACAGUCACAGUAACAAUGUGAACAACUCUAACUUGUCAGGGAUUCAAUGUAAAAUUCAAACAGAGCUCCCACAGCAAAAUGUCUCUAAGGAGGAGGAGGUUCUCAAUGACCAGCAGCAGCUCUGUAUUCAGGAGAGGAACUCCAGUGUGGACCAAGAGGAGCCAGAGCCUCCACAGAUUAAAGAGGAGGAACAGGAGGAACUCUGCACUAGUGAGGAGGGAGAGCAGCUUGUACUGAAGCAGGAGACUGAUGCCUUUAUGUUGACUCCUACUUACGAGAAAAGUGAAGAUCAGACUCUGACCUUGUGUAAAAGAUUCACUGAUACAUUGAACGGUCAUAAAAGAACCCACAUGGGUGAGAAGCUGUAUUCUUGCGAAACAUGUGGGAAAAGAUUCAAUUACCUAUCAUCUUUGAACUAUCAUAUAAGAACCCAUACAGGUGUGAAGCUGUUUUCUUGCGAAACAUGUGGGAGAUGCUUAAGUUCGAUAUCAUCGUUGAAGAUUCAUAUGAGAACCCAUACGGGUGAGAAUCCAUAUUCUUGCAAAACAUGUGGGAAAAGAUUUCCUCAGGUGUCAUCAUUGAACUAUCACAUGAAAACCCAUACAGGUGAGAAACCAUAUUCUUGCCAAACAUGUGGGAAAUGUUUCCGAGCUAGCAGUCACUUAAUAGGUCACAUGAGAAUGCACACAGGUGAGAGGCCAAACCUUUGCAAGAUCUGCGGCAAAGGAUUUUGUGCCAUUUCAGGUUUGAAAAGACAUAUGAGAAUCCACACAGGUGAGAAGUCUUAUACUUGCAAAACAUGUGGGAAAGCUUUCAGAUGUAGCAGUAACUUAAGAAGCCAUAUGAGAAUCCACACCGGUGAGAAGUCUUAUACUUGCGAACCAUGUGGGAGAUCUUUCAGAUGUAUCGGGCACUUAAGAGGCCAUGUGAGAUCGCACACGGUUGAGAGGUUGAACAACUGCAGCACAGAGGUCCCAGUUGUUGCAACCAUUCAGGUCAGAAGCUCUAUAAUUCAAAAACAUGUGGAAGAUAUUUCAGAAAACUAGUUUUUUAUCUAUGGUGGCAGUAAGAACUUCUCCUGUAUAUGUGCCCUUCAGGUUGAGACAGGAGAAAUGCCACUGGGUUUAUGCAGGAAACAACUUUAGUCAACUAUUGGAUACAUUUAGUGGUCAUGGAGAUAGACACCCAACCAGGCCUGCUACAGGCCAGCUGGGAGAGGGAGAGGACAUCAAAAUCAAGUUUUUGCCAGACAGGAGAUGCAGCAGCAAGAGAUUUGGGAGUAUUUGGAAAGUUUUUUUUUUCCAGAAACACUGUUGGGAGGUACACUUUUUGAUUUUAGUUUUGGAAUGGUUUACUAAGGGAUCGGGGGCGGGGAAAAAAAGAAAGAAAAAGGGCUAAAUCUGUGACAUGUAAUGUUGUUAAUCUUGUGCCUUUCUCACUAAAAAAUGUAUUAAAAAAAAAUAUAUGGACUAAAAUUGCAUAUUUUUAUGAUGAUGAAAACUGAAUAUGGUACAGAGAAUUAUGUUUAUAAUUUGUCUAAAAAGCAAAGAUCUGUAUGUGCUCAGUUGAGAUCUGGUAUCUUACCUUAAAAAUAGACGGUAUGUUAAUUAGAAGAAGAAAAGAUGAGCUUUCCAAUGUGUUAGUUCCAUUUGUUUUCUACUGUCCCUUUUUAUCGGGAACAGCGCAAUGCUUUGUUUAGUAAGAUAUAAUGAGAUAAUGAUUUUAU